AUGACAACAUACACCCCCCGCGACUUCUACGGUGGCGCAAUCAAAGGUCUAAUCCCGCAGAACUGGGUCGACGCAAGUAACGUCCGCGAAAUCCCCUCCCACCAAGAAGUCUACCUCUCCCGCACAACCCUAACAUCCCAAAUCACCGAAAUCAACCAACGCGUCACAGACCCCGAGACAUCCUCUCUCGAUACUCUCAUAAACACACAACUCCAAUCCCAGCCACUCAAGCCGGACGCAAAAGCAGCCCUGUACCAUGUCCACGACCUCUGCGAUGAGGACGAUAAGUUGGAGAUCGUGACGGCGCCGACACGGGUUAUUUUGAGGAAAUUCCCGGCUGGGGUUGUGGGGUAUCGGGGUGUUGUGAGGGUUGUUUCUCCUAAGGCUUCUUCUAGGGCUGGGGCUAGGGUUGGGUCUGGGGUUGGGAUUGGGGGUGCGGUUGCCGGGUCGAGUGCUGAGGGGGAGUUGACUAGUACUGUGACGUUGUGGUAUUUGGUGGUGAGGUUGGUGGAGCAGGAGACGGAUUUGGUGGUGUUUGUUAAUGUGCCGAGGGAGGAGUUUGAGAGGGCUGGGGAUUUGAGGGGGUUGGAGGCGGAGGAAAGGUUGGCUGAGGGGUUGAUUGAUGGUUUAGUACAGGAGUUGGAGGUUGUUGAUUGGGGUUUAUUUUGUUAG